CGCCCUCUAGCGGUCGUUCGUUUUCUACACUAACUUUACCUCAGACUUCAUUCCUGACGCCGCGCCGCAGCUCGAGGCUCCGAGACCGGAGAGGAGAAAAUGACGCCCUGAGAAACAAAUCGAACCAAACGGAGGGAUUCGUUACAGGGCUCAGGUGUGUAAAAGGAGUCCAGGGUUUGUCCAGUAAGAGCCGCAGGACAGACGUGAGUCUGCAGGACCACAACAGGAUGGAAUCUGCUGCUGCUGUUGAUGUUUUAUUAGAAGAAGCGAUUCUCACCAUGUUGUUGAGAUGAGAUCAUCAGAUCUGGCGUCUCUCACCGUCUGCACUUACAGCUGAAUUCCCACACGGAUCCUCAUGGAAUUCCUGGAAUAUGGACAAGGCAGCUUUGUGUAAAUCACCACAGAUCAGUGUUUUAUCAUCCUCACUAAAGAAAUACGUGUAAAGUUUACAGACCUGUGACACAUACACACACACACACACAUACACUGGGAUCACAUGAGUCUCUUUAACUGGGAAUGAACUUUUGGGAGAAAAUGAAUUAAAAAUUCCCACCUGACACAGAAUAAAAGCUGGGAACCUGUUUAAGGUGGAGACACCGUGUGGUCAGCAGGAUGGCGGGGAAGGACUACAAUCAUCUCUUCAAACUGCUCAUCAUCGGAGACUCCAAUGUUGGGAAAAGCAGUUUACUACUGAGAUUUGCAGACAACUCCUUCUCUGGGAGCUACAUAACCACUAUUGGUGUGGAUUUUAAAAUCCGGACAGUGGAGAUCGAUGGAGAGAGAGUGAAGCUUCAGAUCUGGGACACGGCCGGACAGGAGAGGUUCAGAACCAUCACCUCAACGUAUUACAGGAACACACACGGGGUCAUUAUCGUGUACGACGUAACAAACCCCGAGUCGUUUGUCAACGUGAAGAGGUGGCUGAACGAGAUAUCGCAGAACUGUGAUAAUGUGUGUAAAAUAUUAGUCGGGAAUAAGAACGAUGACCCGUCGAAGAAGCAGGUGGACACUCAGGACGCUCAGAGGUUUGGAGAGACUGUAGGAGUUCGAGUGUUCGAGACCAGCGCUAAAGAAAACAUCAACGUGGAAGAGAUGUUUAUGGCAUUUACCCACAUGGUCCUGCGGGCAAAGAAACAGAGUCAGAGUCGAGCGGAGAGAGAGAGGGAGAGAGAGAAGGACACGGUUCACAUCAACGCUCAGCGCGACCGCGACAGGAGGAAGAGAGGGAAGAAAUGCUGCUGAGAACCGAGAAAGAAAUGGACGCUGAUUGCACCUGCGGCCCUCUGGCACAUUUCACGUUAUGAUUCUGCGUGACUUUGCACUGAAGAGAGGAACUGGAACUGGAAGCCACUAUACAGAAUCCCAAUGGUGUUGUUUUUUCUGUUUGUUGUUGUUGUUGUUUUUUUUACAAGCAUCUCAGUAUAAUUUUAUGACUAAAAGAGAUGUACGGUCAGAGGUAUUAAACUGUUAUUACAAAUCUAAUCAAUGAGCUAUUAACAGAGCGGAUGUGAUUGGUCAUUGUGUUUAUGUCCAAUUAAAAAAAUGAAUGAAUGAAUAGUAAUGAUGAGCCAAGUCAUGUGUCCAAAUUAAUCAUCAGCAAUAAAACACUCUAAAAAUGCACUAGAA